AUGUCGGAUACUUCGUACAUGUCUGAUGCGAGCAUCGAAGAAUCCACUACUCAGUUGACCACUAAACACCUAUCCCAGUUCUUGCCCCGCUCGAAUUACGCCUGUGGAGGAAGUGUCAGGAUCCAGCAGCUCGAGUCAACCCAGCCGCUCGAAGAAAAUGGCACCCAUGCGAUUACGAUUCGGUGGGACAGUGCUAACACUAUCGAGAAGCUGAUCCUGCCCUCAAACGAUACGCAUGAUGGAACCACGCAGAUGGCGAAGCUUAUCCAGGAUACACAACCUGCUAGCUUUGGCUUUCGGGGUAAAGAUGUGAUUGACGAGACCUACAGGAAAGCGUCAAAGCUUGAUCCGUCCGCCUUCUCAACCAACUUCUGCCCUUACCAACUGGGUAUCAUUGACAUCAUCGGCCAAGCGCUGCUUCCUAGACGAGACACGACGCAUCCUUACCAAGGUCUUCGAGCGGAAUUGUACAAGCUCAACAUCUACGAAGCGCCAUCCGGACUCUUCAAGCCACACGUCGAUACCCCUCGUUCUGAUCUCCAGAUAGGGUCCUUGGUUGUGUGCCUUCCUCACGCGCAUGAAGGUGGGCAGCUCGUUGUGCGUCACCAAGGCCACUCCAUCACCUUCGACUGGGGAGCUGGAAGUACCGAUCAAGUCCAGUGGGCAGCGUUCUACAGCGACUGUGAACAUGAAGUACUGCAAGUUACGUCUGGAUACCGUGUAACCCUCACAUACAACCUGUUUGUCCGCCGCGGUUUGGGAGAAAUAGCAGGUCACUCAUCAGCACUGAGCGCGCAGAAGCUUCCCCUGUACAACAAAGUCAAGAAUGCCCUUGCAGACCCACGAUUCAUGUCAGCAGGCAGGUGCAAUCACGUCAUGAAUGUAUAUCUAGGAGGUAUGAUGGGGAAGUAUUGCAGCCAUGCCUACGCCCAUAGUACUUAUGAAGGUAUUUGUGCCCUGCCAGCCGUUUUGAAAGGCUCAGAUAUCAGCGUUUACGAAGUCUUCCGAUCCCUAGGGGUUGAUACCUUUAUUCGCCCAAUUCUCGAUCACUCCAAGGACAACUACGUGUCUGCCGAGCACUCCUAUAAGGAUCAGAUUGGUACGAAACUCUCGGAGCCUUGUGAAUCACUUGAAGAAGAUGAAUGUUCUGAGUACCCGAUUUACGAAGGGUAUCCGAGUAUUUGGAUGAAGAUCAACUGGUUGAAUGCUCCCAUGAGGGACACAGAGAACCUUCAGAUUAGCUACCUUGCUGUGAGUUCGUUGCUACAAGGCUUUGCCUUCAACUGCUAA